CUUCGCGCGUUCCAGCUCUCUCUCUCCACCCUCCGCCUCUCCCGCGAAUUUGGAUCCACGUCUGGCCCUCUUCGCGCGGCUUCAAAUAUGGCCGCAAAUCCCCUCCCCAUCUUCCGGAGGCGCCACCGGUGCUGCCCAAACUCCCCCAAAAGCGCCAUCUUUCUCCUUCUCCUUCCUUUUGAUCCGCCUCCUCGCCCGCAGAGACCUCCCCUUUGCGCGGACCGCUCCCCCCCUUCCCAGCUUCGGGAGUCCGAUCGCCCCGAAAGGUGUUUGGACUCUUUUGGGGGUCACUUCCUGGCUUGGUUUGAUCUCUCUCCGGAUUUUCUUGAUCUGGUUGGAUCUUCUUGUGACCUGGGCCCGAAUAAUCUCGCACUGGAUGUUGAAAGUUUGCAUCUUUUGAGGAUUUCGGGGACUUGGGCUCAAUUUGAUCUGUGUUUUUGUAGGAAAAGAUCGAUCUUUCGAGUGAGUGAAAUCAAAGACUGGUUCAAUUUGGUUUUCCUGUGUCUGUCAAGUGUUCGACUUCUUUCCAUGAAAUUUUGGACCUUGGUCUGGGGUGUUCUACCUCUUCGGCGACCACGGUGGGGGGAUUGUUUGGAGGUUCGGAGGUUGUGUUUGGACAUUUGGUAGGAGCUUUCGAGGCUCAGGGGGAGAUUGCAGUGGUUGUUUUGAGAGAUGAACUGUUUCCCAUGUUUUCAAUUUGACGAUAAGAAGAAGAAGAAGAAGAAGAAGAAGAAGCAUGGCUUAAGGAAGGAGGCAGCUUCGGCCGCAUCAGGUUCUGUUAAGGGCAGAGGCUUGACAAAAAAGCCUGAAGUUCCCACACGGAAGGCCCCAACUGAAGCAAACCAGAAAGAUAUCGGCAAUGGAAAUAUUGCAGCACGACAAUUUACAUUCCGCGAGCUUGCUACAGCUACCAAGAAUUUCAGACCUGAAUGUCUUUUGGGUGAAGGAGGGUUCGGCAGGGUUUAUAAAGGUUGCCUUGAUGGUGGCGAGAUUGUGGCUGUUAAACAAUUAGACAGGAAUGGCUUGCAAGGAAACAAAGAAUUUACCGUAGAAGUUCUAAUGCUCAGUCUCCUUCAUCACCAAAAUCUGGUCAAACUUACUGGCUAUUGUGCAGAUGGUGAUCAAAGGCUUUUGGUUUAUGAGUAUAUGCAUCUGGGUUCUUUAGAAGACCAUCUACUUGAUUUACCACCCCAUCAGAAACCGUUAAGCUGGUAUACUAGAAUGAAAAUAGCUUAUGGUGCUGCUCAAGGCCUGGAGUACUUGCAUGAUAAAGCCAACCCACCUGUGAUCUACCGUGAUCUCAAACCAUCCAAUAUUCUACUAGAUGAAAAUUUUACUCCAAAGCUCUCGGACUUUGGGCUCGCAAAGCUCGGUCCCGUCGGGGACAAAGUACAUGUCUCCUCGAGGGUGAUGGGCACAUACGGCUACUGUGCACCUGAGUACGCAAGAACAGGCCAUCUCACUCUGAAGUCAGAUAUAUACAGUUUUGGAGUUGUUCUGCUUGAGCUAAUCACAGGGAGAAGAGUCAUCGACGCCGCCAAACCAACACGCGAACAGAACCUUGUCGCUUGGGCAAUGCCCAUGUUCAGAGAUCAGAGGAGGUUUCCGGAGCUGCUCGACCCACUUCUUCAAAACGACUACCCACCCAAAGCUCUAAACCAAGCAGUUGCUGUUGCCGCGAUGUGUCUGCAGGAAGAGGCUUCAGUUCGUCCAUUAAUGGCCGAUGUGGUCAUGGCUUUGAGCUUCCUCGCAACUGCCCCGGUCGCUCCUGAGAUGAGCCCCCCUCCGGUUCUCCGGUCCCCAACAAUAGAAGAGCGGUCAGAAUAUGAGGAGUCAUCGUCGGAUGAGGAGAGUUCUGUCGAUCGUGAGCGUGCCGUCGCAGACGCUAUAGAAUGGGGCUCUUCCAAUUCCAGGCAUCAGCAGGGAUCCAAACAUGGAAGUGAGUCGUCGUAAAAUGCAUCGACCCAAGCGCGUUCCUCAAACUGCAUUCAUAGCUCAAUGUCCUCCCAAAAGGUUUCUUUCGUUUUCAGCGUGUGGUGAUCAUGGCUGGCUUGAGCUUAGUCCUAGUACAUCGAGUGAGAUUUCAGGCCAUGCAUUGCAAAAGCAGGACCUCGUUUUGCACCCUGUUCCUAUGCUGUGCCACAAAAUGUGUCGUCUUUUGUGAACCAUGAGAACAUAUGACAAAUAUGUGCAUUGUGAUCUGGAACUAGGAGCUCUGUUAUAUUCAUUCAAGCAUGUUAAUUCUCUAUUGGCUAUUUGUGAUCGAGUUAAUGGCUGCUAGAGAAAACGCUCAUUAAUGUCUAUCAGGAAUCGAUCGUGCUUCCUGCAUUGCGAGUAAUAUAUGUCUGUGUUUCGAUGCUGAACUACGCGUUCCAGCAGGAUCAUGUAUUUAUGAACUCUUCCAUGUUGCAAUGAACAAACCGUCCAGUGUCCCGGUU